CGCGCUGACGUCACGCCUAUAUAAACGGCCCCCGGCCCCUUUGUUCCUCCUCAGUGCGUCGUUGCUGUUCUGCCGAUCCCAGUCAGUGUCAAAAUGGUUGAAGCAGAUCGUCCUGGGAAGCUCUUCAUUGGUGGACUGAAUACAGAGACAAAUGAGAAGGCUCUCGAAGCUGUUUUUGGCAAAUAUGGCCGCAUCGUGGAAGUUCUCCUUAUGAAAGAUCGUGAAACCAACAAGUCAAGGGGCUUUGCUUUUGUCACCUUUGAGAGCCCGGCAGAUGCCAAGGAUGCUGCGAGGGAUAUGAAUGGAAAGUCUUUAGACGGAAAAGCCAUUAAAGUUGAACAAGCUACCAAGCCAUCCUUUGAAACUGGUAGACGUGGGCCCCCGCUCCCUCCAAGGAGCAGAGGUCCCCCAAGAGGUCUUAGAGGAGGAAGAGGCGGAAGUGGAACACGAGGGCCUCCUUCAAGAGGGAAUCAUUUGGGUUCUUCCAGAGGCCCUCUCCCAAUGAAAAGGGGUCCGCCUCCACGUAGUGGGGGCCCACCACCUAAAAGACCGGCACCUUCAGGACCUGUGCGUAGCAGUAGCGGAAUGGGUGGGAGAGCACCCCUGUCACGUGGCAGAGACAGCUACGGGGGGCCUCCACGCAGAGAGCCACUGCCUUCACGAAGAGAUGUCUACUUGUCUCCCAGAGAUGAUGGGUACAGUACUAAAGACAGCUACUCGAGUCGUGACUAUCCAAGUUCCAGAGACACACGAGACUAUGCUCCUCCCCCAAGAGAUUACGCCUACCGUGAUUAUGGCCAUUCCAGUUCACGUGACGAGUAUCCCUCAAGAGGCUACAGUUAUUCUUCUUACAGUGAUCGUGAUGGCUACGGAGGGCGUGACCGAGACUACUCGGAUCAUCCGAGUGGUGGGUCUUACAGAGAUUCCUAUGAGAGUUAUGGUAACUCACGUAGUGCUCCACCUGCACGAGGGCCCCCGCCAUCUUAUGGUGGAAGCAGUCGCUAUGACGAUUACGGGAGCACCCGAGAUGGGUAUGGUGGAAGUCGAGAAAGUUACUCAAGCAGCAGAAGCGAUGUCUACUCAAGUGGCCGUGACCGGGUUGGAAGACAAGACCGAGGCCUUCCCCCUUCCAUGGAAAGGGGUUACCCCCCUCCGCGGGAUUCAUACAGCAGCUCAAGCCGUGGAGCACCCAGAGGUGGUGGCCGAGGAGGGAGUCGCUCUGAUAGAGGUGGAGGCCGAAGCAGAUACUAAAACUUUUAAAACUCUUGGACCAAAUCAGUUUUUUUCCUCCAACAAAAGGAACGUGGAAGUUUUAUUUUCACUCCCAGAGGACUACCGAAACGUUGUUUUUACCUUUUUUAUUGUUGCUUGUUAAGUUCCCCUCCAUUAUUGAUGGGUUUUUUGGUGAGGAAAAAGUAAACAUGUUUAAUUUCAUUUCACAAUUGUUAAUAUUUCUCUCAAAAAGCCGAUGUUAAAUGUAUGCCAUUUUUAGCCUGUGUACUAGUGUUGUAAACUUUCGAAGUAAACGUUAACACUGAAAUGCCACACUUCUCACCUCAUGAAUGAGACCAGCAAAUCUAAGGCUUCCCCAUAACAGCUUGCAGCCAUCUAAAAUGGCCCAUGGAUCAUUCUACACAUGCAAACGUGCCUACUUUCUAGGCAGACCGUAUUAGCUGUUGGAGGGUGGUGGGGAUGUGUGCCAAACUAAAAAUGUUAAAUAUUCUCUCGAUGCUGAAAUGCACACAGUGCUUCCAAAUACAAAAUUUCUUCAGUAUUGUGUAAAAUUCAGAAUAUCAUUCAGUCAUUAAAUCAAAACAACAAAAUGGAAAGU